AUGGAUUGCAAAGAAGGUCUUAUCCGCGAAGGAGUCCGGCUUCUGCUUGUCCAAGAACUCAACUGCAGCGACGACUUCCUUGCCGAGUCCCGCUAUCUGCGACUCCAAGGAUUUCUUGAGUUCGGGAUCGGCGCCAGCGGAAACAUAUUCUCCCGUGCCCUUGCGAUGUGCACUUUCAGCUGGCAGGUUGCCAGACUGUGCCCGAACUCGCCCAAGCUGGACCACACGUCUUUCGCGUGUUUGAACAUACUGGCUUGCAAAGUGAUCUACUUGGACGGCACGGAAACCGGCAAGGCCGCUAUUGUGCAAGAAGUCUCAGUGCUCUCCAGACUCCGUCAUCCGAAUAUCGUGGAGUACUACGAUGUCGAAUGGCUCGCGAAUGAAGCAAAACUGUACCUUGAGUACUGUAACGCGCAGACUUUAGAUGACUAUAGAAGUCAGGCUUCGGAGUUUCCGGCCGAAAAAGAAGUAUGGAAUCUCGCUUUUCAACUCUCUUCUGCCUUGGCCUACUGUCGUAGUGGCAUGCUACGAGGCGCGAGCGGGAGGCUGUAUAAGGACUGCCUGAACGAUUUCGACGAAGAGUGGAAACCGAUACUGCAUCGCGUUAUCAAACCUUGGAAUGUCUUAGUGAACCGUCACGGCGAAAACGAGCCCACCUUCAAACUUGCAGACUUCGGUUUCGGUGUAAUUUUGUCGGACAAGUCUUUCCAGAUGUCAUUCACUGCCGGCACGCGCGGCUACAUUGCACCUGAAGUCCCGGUCGUCUUUCAGGGAGCGGGCCUCUCUCAGUAUGGGUAUUCCUCUCAGCGCGGGUUCGGCAUACUCAUCCAAUCCGGCCCGUCUGAGCUCUAA